AUGGCUCCCGUCGUCGUCCUGCUGACGCUGCUCGUGGCCGCGGCCUGCGGGCUGCCGCGCGCCGCCAACGACGACGACAAGUACAAGCUGCCCGAGGGGUUCCUCCUCGGGGCGGGCACCAGCGCCUACCAGACGGAGGGCGCCUGGGACGAAGACGGAAAGGGAGUGAAUGUGUUGGAUCAUUAUUAUCACUCCCAUAACACUGCCAAGAACCUGACGGGUGACGUGGCCGCCGACUCGUACCAUCGUUACAAAGAGGACAUCGGCAUAGCAGCGGACCUUGGCUUUAAUGUGUUCCGAUUUUCAAUAUCCUGGACAAGGUUAUUACCUGAUGGGAGAACGUCAAACGUCAACGCAAAGGGUGUUCAACACUACCAUGACCUUCUAGCCGAGCUCAAAGCCGAGAAAAUUGAGCCCCUAAUAACAAUGUGUCACUUCGACUACCCUCAAGUCUUCGAGGACGAGUUCGGAGGAUGGCUGGGCGAUGAGAUGCCAGACGUGUUCGCAGAGUACGCCGACUUCGUCUUCAAUGAGUUCGGCAGCGAGGUCAAGUACUGGCUGACUCUCAACGAGCCGGCAUUCUAUUGCACGAGGCUGAGCAAGACCAAAUUUGUACCGCCCUUCUCCUUCGAUACUACGGAGCGACAGAACGCUUGUAUCAAGAACAGUAUCUUGGCUCACGCCAAGGCGCAUAAAAUUUACGAGGAGAAAUACAAGGCCAAGUUCAAAGGUUUGGUUGGAUUCAGCUCCGGUCCCAUUUUCUUCCGGUCCGCGAGCGAUGCUCCGGAGGACAUCGCGGCCACCGAGGCAGCCAACUCCAACACUGGCAUCGGGCUGACCGUGGACCCGCUGGUCUUCGGCGACUACCCGGAGGGCGUUCGGACAACCCAGAAGGCCUUCACGGAGGAAGAGAAACUUCUCAUUAAAGGACGAAUCGACUUCGUUGGCAUCAACAUUUACGGUGGCAAGAAUACGAGCGCGUCGGACGAUGGAGGCGGUGGCGGUGGCAACAGUCCAGACGGCAUGGGCGGACCUGAAGACGCUUGGGUCCUGCGCCAGAUGCCACUGUGGAUAAAGAACCGGUAUGACUCGGUGAAGGAACUGCCUGUCUUCAUCACUGAGAACGGCGCCAAAUCCACCGGGCCGGCGCUACAGGACUGGGACAGCCGUGCCGUGUACUGCAGCGCGUUCUUGCGUGAGUUGGUGGCGGGUAUCCACGAGGACCAAACGCGCGUCUUCGGAUACACGGUCUGGAGCUUUGUUGACACUUUCGAGUACAGGAAUGGUUUCUUAAACUGGGGCCUGAUUCACGUGGACUUCGCAAGUGGAUCGCUGAACCGCACUUUGAAAGCCUCGUCCACGUUUUUUAAGACGGCGACGAGGACCGGCUUCGUACCACUCGUCGAGGAAGGUUCCCGACCCUUCCCCGAUCCCGAUGCACCCUCCGGAGCAGCCAGCUUCUCUUCCACUUCCAUCAUUACGACAUUGGCGGCCUUUGCGGCACUGACACGAUUGCAAUAG